AUGUCCAGAGAUACCGAUUCUGAGUCGAGCGAUGGAGGGUUCAAACUGUACCACUACGACCCUUCCUUCGCUGGCGCAGUCCUGUUCGCUGUCCUGUUUGGUGCCAUGUCGAUUCGUCACUUGCAACUCUUGGUCAGGUCGAGGACAUGGUCUUUCAUUCCGUUUCUGGUAGGCUGUCUGUGUACGUCUCCCUCCCUCCCUCUUGACAAUCUGCCUCUCUACCUGCUGGAGGGCGAGGACUACUCCCUUAUCCGCGUCAAGUGGUUGACAAAACUCUUUCUGCUGGGCGAUAUCCUGUCCAUCUUUGGUCAAGCAGGAGGAGGCGGUUUACUCGCCGGUUCCAAGUCCAAGUCGACUCAGGACCUCGGAAACGCCGUUAUUCUUAUUGGCCUCGGCAUUCAAGUUGCCUUCUUUAGCGGCUUCAUGCUGGUGACAGCUGUUUUCCACAUCCGAAUCGCAAUGCACCCGACGCUCCAAUCCAAGACCACCACUAGGCCUUGGAAAAGAUUUCUAGGUGUUCUCUACUUCAGUAGCGUACUGAUCAUGGUGCGGUCCGUCUUUCGCAUGGCCGAGUACGCUCAAGGGAACAAUGGAAGCCUUAUGAAGAAGGAAGUCUACGCCUAUGUUCUGGAUGCGUUGCUUAUGUUGAUCGUAGCAGUCAUUUUCACAUUCUAUCAUCUCAGCGAUGUGCUUCAGGGCCACAAGGUUUUAGAUAGGGGCGCUCAUUUGGAAGAAAGCUCUGACAGCUUCCCCAUGGUUGGACAGACCAGCUAUAGGAGGAUGGAUUAA